UCAUUGCAAAAUAGAGGACGAGCUGUUUUGAUUUUGAGUUUCAGUCUUUGAGCACAGUUCUUGUUUGAGAUUUCAUUAAGCAGUCUAGGUUUCUUUCCCGGCAUUACAGCCAUUGUGGUUGCCAGAUGUUGCGCGCACGUGCAUGUGUGUGCGUGAGUAUGGAACGCACAGAGCCUGCUCCUUCCUGUUCCAGCUCCUUUUUCCUCCAGCUUCUUCAGUGACGCAGGAAAUGAGCCCUGAGCACUCACUCGCUUCCUCCAUGGCUGUUCAGAUUGUGGAGCUCCUUUUUUGUCAAACGACUCGGCUAGUCUUUAUUUCUGGAUUUAUUUCAUGACAUCAUCUCCCUUGAGGAAUACUGGGAUAAUUCCUUUGAGAGCUUAUUCUCGCCUGACUUUAAAAAAUCCUGUACUGGACGAAUCCAAGCUCAGAUUGCAGCAGCAAUGCCAGUGGUCUCCAUCUCCUAUCUUCAUGUUUCAGAUUUGUUUUGUUCUGCCUACUUUUAGUUAAGAUUUUCUGUUAUUCUUUCUGUAAGCAUGAGGAAACUGACUUACACAAUGUCAAAUGUUAGUUUAGAUCUUCGGUAAACUUUAGUUUCCUGUUGAAUUCUUGUGCUAUUGGUGAAGUUUCUUGUGUGGAUUUAUCUGGGUACUCUGAGACUAUGGGUUGUGUGUUUAGCUUACCUGAGGAACGAUUGGCCGCUGCUAACAGACCCUCGGCUGCCAGGGAAACGAGUUUCAUCGAGAAAAUGAAGAAAACAGGCAAGAACAUAGUGGUGUUCUAUGGCUCACAAACCGGCACUGCUGAAGAAUUUGCCAACAGGCUCUCUAAAGAUGCCCACCGUUAUGGCAUGAAGGGCAUGGCAGCAGAUCCAGAGGAAUACGAUAUGAAUGAACUCUCUCGAUUAAAAGACAUCAACAACUCUUUGGCUAUCUUCUGCAUGGCCACGUAUGGAGAGGGAGACCCUACAGAUAACGCCCAGGAUUUCUAUGACUUACUACAGGAGGGAGAUCUCGACCUGGAUGGAGUUAAUUUUACGGUGUUCGCACUUGGCAAUAAAACCUACGAGCAUUACAAUGCCAUGGGCAAGUAUGUGGAUAAAAGGUUAGAUGAGCUCGGUGCCCAGAGGAUCUUUGACCUUGGCAUGGGAGACGACGAUGGCAACCUUGAAGAGGACUUUGUGUCUUGGAGAGAGCAGUUCUGGCCAGCAGUGUGUGAACACUUUGGAGUUGAACCUACUGGUGAAGAGUCCAGCAUCCGUCAGUAUGAGCUGAAGAUCCACGAGGACUUGAACAUGAAUAAGAUUUACACCGGUGAACUCGGCCGCUUGAAGAGCUUCGAGAACCAGAAACCGCCAUUCGAUUCUAAGAAUCCCUUCCUUGCUCCUGUCACCGUUAACCGCAAACUCAACAAAGGAGGUGACCGACACUUGAUGCAUUUGGAGCUGGACAUCACAGGAUCUAAGAUCAGAUAUGAGUCAGGAGACCACGUGGCUGUGUAUCCCACUAACAACUCCAGCAUUGUAAAUAGACUGGGAGAAGUCCUCGGCGUAGACCUUGAUGCCAUUAUCUCACUGAACAACCUUGAUGAGGAGUCCAACAAGAAACACCCAUUCCCAUGCCCCACCACGUACCGCACUGCUCUAACACAUUACCUGGACAUCACCAAUUCGCCACGCACAAACGUUCUCUAUGAGCUCGCCCAGUAUGCCUCCGACCCCAAAGACCAAGAGAACAUGCGCAAGAUGGCAUCCUCUUCCCCUGAGGGCAAGGCACUGUACCAGAGCUGGGUCUUGGAUGCAAGUCGAAAUAUUUUGGCUAUCCUGGAAGACCUGCCAUCCCUGCGGCCACCCAUCGACCACCUGUGCGAGCUUCUUCCCCGUCUGCAGGCUCGUUAUUAUUCCAUUGCAUCCUCCUCUAAGGUUCACCCCAACAGCAUUCACAUCUGUGCUGUGGUUGUUGAGUACAAAACUAAGACAAACCGCAUCAACAAGGGUGUUGCUACCAACUGGCUCAGGGCUAAAAUUCCUACAGACAACGGGCACAAGGCCACCGUUCCUAUGUACAUCCGCAAGUCCCAAUUCCGGCUUCCCUUCAAGGCCAGCAACCCAGUCAUCAUGAUUGGCCCCGGCACAGGCAUUGCACCAUUCAUGGGCUUCAUUCAGGAGCGCUCCUGGCUUAAAGCGCAAGGUAAGGAUGUGGGAAAGACUGUACUGUACUUCGGUUGCCGUCAUAAAUCCGAAGACUUUUUGUAUCAAGAGGAGCUGGAGGAAUUUGAGAAAUCAGGAGCACUGACGCAGCUCAAUGUGGCCUUCUCCAGGGAUCAGGAGAACAAGAUAUAUGUGCAGCACCUGCUGAAGAAGAACAAGGAAGAUGUCUGGAGGCAGAUACAUGGAGAAAAUGCGCACAUUUACAUUUGCGGAGAUGCGCGUAACAUGGCGAGGGACGUGCAGACCGUUUUCUACGAGAUAGCCGAGGAGUUCGGGGGUAUGACACGUACCCAGGCUACAGAUUACAUCAAGAAACUGAUGACCAAAGGACGCUACUCGCAGGACGUCUGGAGUUAAAGAGCCUCCGCCACCUCUUUACAUGUCCUUUAAAUCUGUAGUGUUUUUGCAGGACUGCUUUAAAUGGAAUAUUUUUGAACUUGCUUAAGUAACAACACAGGCACAGAGACAUGUAGCUCCCUGAAAAACAAAUCUGAACGAUAGAAAGGUGCUCAUAUUCUGAAUCCAUUUCUACAGAUUUAACUCGGUGUACAUAAAUCUAGUUUCAUACUUUGUGUUGUAACUAUUUGACCCAAAUAUAUUUAGUAGUGAGACAUCUAGUAGGCUCUGUAAUGUAAACAGUGCAGCUCACAUGCUACGGUAUGAUCAUCAUCAUUAUUAUUAUUAUUAGUGUUGGUGGAAAGCUACCGAAGGUAGUCUUUAAACUUAUUCAUAAACUUUAUUUGAAAUCAAGUCAAUAACAAUUGCCAGUAAUAACAAUCUUUGACCUGUUAUAUAGAGGUGAUUAUGAUGAAGGUCCUGUUAGUUAGAGCUAAGCACUUGAUGCUAUUUGUAAUGUAGCCUACAUGCAGAAAAUGGCUAUUACAUAGUCAGCUGUUGAAGAAUCAAGACCGGGAAUCAAAUAAUUCAGAAUAUACUUUAGUUUUUAAUGUUAAAAUGUCUUUCUGGAAUUUGUUCUUUUCAGUUUUUUGAGCAGUCUCUCUUGCACACACACACACACACACACACACACACACACACACACAUGGGCAACAUGUCAAAUAAUGUAAUUUUCAAGUUUAUCAAUCCAUAUUUUACAUUUUGCAUAUGAAUGUUAAAAGCUUUUAACCUGCCUCAAAUGUAUUUUCUUUUCCAUUCGAAUCUUGUAGCAUUACAUCAUGAAAAUAUGUAUCAUAUGAGUUGUGUGAAUAAAAUGUGUACGGUUAUAAGUAGGACAUUCCCAGCUUGCCUUUUUUAAUGUAAUCAGUACAAAUGCUUUUCCUCAUCGCUUUAGAAAAUGCUCGAGCUAUGCUUAACAUUCACUUGCAGAAUUAACGAGACUGUAUGUGUUUGUUUCCGAGUCAACAUGUGCCUUAUGGAAAGCAUUUCUUGCCUUGUCAUUAUAAAUGAAAAUUUGUGAAAUUUGCAGAUCAGCAAUGCAUUAUUUUGGAAGGGAAUAUGUUUAUGUAAAUGCGUACAGUUGCUGUUACCUAUUUUUGUCAGCAUCAUACAGUUUUAUAUGCAAUUAAUGUUUCUUAUCGUAUUGCUAUCUAAGCAUGUCUUUUUAAAUUAAUAAAAUUCAGAUUUAAUUUCA